CCAACAGAAGCGUCUUCGAAAUGGGUACGACUUAGCAACGCGUGCAUUUAUAAAAUACGGCCCCACCGUUUCAUAUAUACUGACAGUACCGGACGUCACCGUAUACUGUUUCCUCCGUUCACAUAACUGCCCGCAACUGAAACGGUCAGCAGCAUUUACUUCCAUUUCCAUAAUCAUCAUCAUAUUAAUCGCUACUGCUAGGUUUCUCUCCACUCUCUGCAAUUUCAUCUUCGUUUUCGUUUUCGUUUUCGCUCAUUACAGAAACUCGAAUCGCGCGUGUUUUUGAUCGAUGGGGAAAAAACGUGUUCUGGUGCCGGCGAAGGACGUUGAUUUGAGUUUGGUUCAAUACGUACCUGAAACUGUUCAAGCUCCACAUUUGACUGGCUUUGGGUUUAGAUUGCUUGUGAGGCUAAUUGAAGCUCCGUUGAUAGGUCCUAUCCUCAUGAAUUAUUUGAAGAAGGAAAAUAAAAUUGAUGAGUUAUUGCGGAACACUGUGAUACCCGAGGAACCCAUGUUUAAACCUGAAUAUCCGCCUCAAGAAAAGGAACAUGGUGUUGUUGAGCUUGACGAAGAUGGGAGACCUGAAGACCGAGUUGAGUCUGCCUUGAACUGUCUUCCACAUUAUGAUCCUGCUGAAUUAUGGGAAAGUUCAUCCGCAUCCUUUCGGUACUGGAAAAUACGUGAUUAUGCUUAUGCUUAUAGGUCUAGAAAAGUAACCCCAUCUAUGGUUGCUGAGCGCAUGAUCUCAAUUAUAGAGGAGAAUGGAAUUGAUAAACCUCCGACGCCACUAUUGAUAACUUUUGAUGCUGCAGAAGUCCGCAAGCAGGCAGCAGAAUCUACUCUGAGGUUUGAAGCAGGAAAUCCAUUAUCAAUAUUGGAUGGAAUUUUCAUAGCUAUUAAAGAUGAUAUAGACUGCCUUCCUCAUUCGUCUAAGGGUGGAUCUACAUGGUUGCAUGAGGUACGUGCUGUAAAGAAGGAUGCUGUCUCUGUUUCAAGACUGCGUAGCUGUGGUGUCAUAUUUAUAGGGAAGGCAAAUAUGCACGAGUUUGGCAUGGGUACGACAGGAAAUAAUCCUAAUUACGGAACUGCAAGAAAUCCUCAUGCACCUGAUAGGUACACUGGUGGAUCUUCUUCAGGUCCAGCUGCAAUUGUUGCUUCUGGACUAUGUUCUGCUGCACUUGGAACUGAUGGUGGAGGUUCGGUCCGUAUUCCUUCUUCCCUAUGUGGUGUGGUAGGAUUGAAGAUAAAUUAUGGGAGAUCAAGCAUGGAAGGGUCCUUAUGUGAUUCUGGGACAGUGGAAGUUAUUGGACCCAUUGCGUCUUCUGUAGAGGAUGCGAUGCUAGUGUAUGCGGCAAUGCUGGGCUCAUCGUCUGCCACUAGAAUCAGUAUGAAGCCGUCAACACCUUGUUUGCCAACUCUGUCGUUCGAUGAUGAUACAAAUGCUUUGGGAUCAUUAAGAAUAGGGAAGUACACCCCGUGGUUUAAUAAUGUCCAUUCAACUGAAGUCUCUGAUAAAUGUGAGGAUGCUCUUAAUCUUCUGUCAAAAGCGCAUGGUUGUGAAGUGAUAGAAGUUGUUAUCCCAGAGAUUAUGGAGAUGCGAACUGCCCAUGUUGUUUCCAUUGGCUCUGAAUGCCUAUGUUCAUUGAAUCCUGAUUGUGAAGAGGGGAAAGACGCAAAAUUGACAUAUGAUACUCGCACAAGUUUGGCACUUUUCCGGUCGUUUACAGCUGCAGAUUAUGUUGCAGCCCAAUGUAUUAGGAGAAGGAAUAUGCAUUACUUCAUGGAGAUUUUCAAGAAAGUUGAUGUCAUAGUGACUCCAACAACUGGUAUGACCGCGCCCAUCAUACCUCCAAGUGCCCUUAAAAGUGGUGAAACAGAUAUGCAGACAACAGGUUACCUUAUGCGAUUCGUUGUUCCAGCAAAUCUUUUGGGAUUCCCUGCCAUUUCUGUCCCGGUGGGUUACGAUAAAAAAGGACUGCCAAUAGGUCUGCAAAUAAUUGGCCGACCAUGGGCAGAAGCUACUGUUUUGCGUGUAGCAUUUGCAGUCGAGAAACUCUGCGGUGAGUCAAAGAAACGGCCUGUGUCAUUCUAUGAUGUUCUGAGGGCUAACUGAAGCUUAGAUACUCUUGCUGGUUAUUAAUCUGUGGCUGAAAUCUUCUUGCGUUAUUUGGAGAUCGCUGUCCUGCUAACACGAUUUUACGGUAUGGCAAAGUUCUCUACAAAUAGCUUUUUCAGACAAGAUUGUAACAAUCCCUACAGACACAACUAUUGUUUAGAAAAUAAACGAAGGUAACAUGCACACUAUCAAGAUGUAGAAAUUGUAGAAAGGGAGCUUCUUCGCUAAGAAUUUCAACAGAAUUGUGCUUACUACGGUUCUACAUUAUUUGUUAUCCCCUGCAAUAUAUUUCAUUUCGUAUUUGAUGUGUUUGCACUUACUACAGUUCUACAUUACUUGUUUGUCUUCUAGUAAACAGUUGUAAUAGGUAAAGAAGAAAUCCUCAAUAAUGACCAAUACUGUCUCCAAAUUUUGUAUAAACAUUACUUGUUGGAGUGGUUCAUUCGGUUCUUACUAAUACCAAAAUGACAAUGUUCAUCUUUCAUGAAA